AUGGUGACCCUUCUCCUCCAUAUCCCGCCCUCCAAAGCCUUCAUCCGUGCGGUCUACAACCACAACGGCAUCAGCCAAGAUUUUGAGGCCUUGCCGUCUCAUUUUGGGCCCACGCUCCACCGCGAAGUUCUCCUGGGUUAUGUCGUGGAAGUCAAGCCAGCCAAUGCCUGCCAACCCAUCGCAGCUCCUGCACCCUCCAACAGCUCCUCUGUUGCCUUCGUUGCUCUCAUCCAGAGGGACAACUGCCCCUUCACCACCAAGGUCCUCCACGCUCAGCAAGCUGGGUAUCAGGCCGCCAUUGUGCACAACGUCAACUCCCAAGCCCUCGUGGCCAUGCUGAGCGAAAAGGAAGCCACGAAGCACAUCCACAUCCCUUCGGUGUUCAUUGGCGAGUCGGCUUCCACCCAGCUCAAAAGAAUCUUCCAUUAUGACCAAACGGCUUACAUCAUCCUCAUACCCGACUGCCAUUGGCUGUCCUGCUGGGAUGUCCGAUACAACUGCCGGUCCCGCCCCCACAGGUCGAGGCAAGGCGUCCCAGAGCCGGCUUCUCCUUGCUUACCGACGCGGUGCCACGUCGUCAGCAACAUCGAUUGCCUCCUCUUCGGGCUCACGCUUGUGAUCUGGAUGGUGGCCUUGUAUGUGCUGUGCUGCUUAUAA